AUGUCAAUACACGAAGUGAGCAAGGCCAUCGACAGGUUUGCCUCUCUACGAAGAGCCAAGACUGACUGGGAUAACGUGGGGGUGAUAGUAGACUCCGGCACGCAGGACAAAAAGAUUCUUCUAACGAUAGAUCUAACAGAACCUGUACUGGAAGAGUGUAUUCACCUUGGCGUCAAGAAUGUUGUUGCAUAUCAUCCCAUAAUAUUCAAGGCUGUAAAAAAGCUUGGGUCUAAGGAAUCUAUAGUUAUUGGGUGCAUCAAGAAUGGGAUUAACGUCUUCACACCACACAGCGCGUUGGAUCCACUGAUGAACACCUAUGUAUACAACAUGAUUAACAGUGGGCCUUUCUUCUACAAAAAGAACUGCGGGCCCAAUACCUCAACUAUAGGAAAUGCCAUAAGAAUUCUUAAGGAGAGAAGCGGUCUGGAGAGUUUCAGGAUAUGUCUGGCAAGAGAGCAUACAAUGGAAAGUGUUCCGGAGUUUAUGCAUGUCGGCGUGGGAGCAACAUUCCGAAACGUGCUUCUUAAGAAUUCGAUUGUUAUCACCGGAGAAAUGUCUCACCACGAUCUUCUGUCGUGCAUUGCAAAUGGUGCAAGCGUUAUUCUAAUGGAGCACAGCAACAGUGAAAGGAUAUGCCUAGGGCAUAUCUCGGCAAAACUGAAGGAGGAGCUUCCCGAGUACGAGAUAUUUGUUUCAAAGAAUGACAAGGACCCGGUUACAAUACUGUGA